AAAAAUUUAAUUUUUUCAGAUUCAUGGCCAACAAAUGUCCUAUCAGCUUGGAAACCAACCCAGAAUGAUACUUGGUGGGGGAAAUUUUCAGUAUAUGCACCAACAACAACAAAUUGCUCCAGCUGCAAAUGGUAGUCCACAAAUGUCUCCUCAACAAAAAUCUCAAAUACGCAAUCAACCACCAGGAUCUUUAAAAUGGCCACUUAUUACACAUUCAACAGUGGAAUCAAAUCAUCCUCUACAUAAUAACAUUCCUAACAAGCCAAUGGGACGACCAAUUCUAAAAGGACCGGGACCUAUUCAGCCACACAAUGCACAUAAUCCACUAGGACAAAAUCAUGCGAAUGUAAAUCAAAAUUCACAACCCAAUCAAACAGUGGUGUCUAUGCAAAAAUAUCCAACGAUGCAACAACCAAGACAAAUCGUUGGUCAACAGUUUUCAAGUCAUAUAAUUCAACAAAUACCAACAUCUCAACAAAACAAUAUGCAACAGCAGCAGCUAUUUCAACAACGAUCAGUUGUAAUGCAACGUCAGCAAAUUCAACAAAAUGACUUGGGGAAUCAUGCACCUCUACCACCACCUCACCAUGCAGCUUGCAAUGAUAACAAUUCAGUUACAAAUUUAAAUUACCAACGUGAAGGUGGCUUAUCGCCAACCAGUAAUCAAUUAGCCCAAUGGUUUUCGCCAGAAUUACUUGCACAGGCAUCAGCAGGAAAACUGCCAUUAUUAAAUAUGAAUCAGGCGCUAAGUUUAGAAGAAUUUGAAAGAAGCAUACAACAUUCCUCAACUGCUGUAAACAAUUGAAUAUAAAUAUUUACUUUAAAUACAACCUAUAUUAUUAAAAUUAUGUAAUUGUAAACCAUAUGUAUGUAUGAUGUUAAAAGAUCGAUUAUUAUUAUUAUUAUUAUUAUUAUUAUUAUUAUUAUUAUUAUUAUUAUUGAUAAACUAUUAUGAUAUACGUACUCAAUUAAAAAAAAAACACAAGUUUUAUACAAAAUAUGUUUUAGUAAAAAAUGUCAAAACGUUUGUCCGUUAAUUAAUUUAUUUUACUGUACAACAUCAUUAUGUCUGACCGUUUUAUAGAAACAUUUACUUAGAGUUAAAGUUCCGACCAUCUACAUACUUCUGCUGUUUAAAUUAUAAGAAAUUGUAAACAACUUGCUAAAUGUUUCUUCUGAAUGUGACAUUAAGAGAUUAAUUAUUUUAUGUCUUUAAAAUGAUGGAAUGAAAUAUUGACUCAAAUUUAGAAAAUAAAGAAAUUAAGGGAAAAGAUAAUAAUAUUUGGGAAGUUAAUUUGAAAUUCUUUUUAAAGGAUGUCCUCACCGUAAAUAAUUACAUUACGCAAAAAGUUCUUCAGUGAUGACUACAUAAAAAUACACAUACUCCACAUAACUUUGUCGCAAGAUUGUAUUAAUGUAUAUUAAAUAAAAUACCCUGGGGUAUAUAUUUUUGAAAUGAAGAUUGAAAAUCAACAUUGUCCCAAAAAAAAUAGUGCCAAAAGUUCCUCAGUGAUGUACACAUAAAAGCACAUAUAACAGUCGCACCAACUCCGCAUCAAUUUGUCGCUUCAUCGUAGUUAUUUCUCAAGGGGCGUAGUCCUGAGAAUGACAAAAGUAAAAAUCGUAAAUUAUUGCAACCAAAAAAAAAAAACAUGUGUAUAUAUCGCGAAACACAAAGCGCACAAUCAUAUUCUGCAUGCUCAUACCAACAUCAAUUCAAAUAAAUAUACGUAUAAUCGGCAUUUAGUUUUGUUGUAUAUUCAUACAUUUUAAAUUUCCUAUUCAACAUGUUGUAAGUAAGAAAUGUACUUGUUUUAUUCAAUUAUUAUACGUACAUAUAUUUAUUUGCAAAAUUUCACCAAGGCAACGGUUAAUAAUAAAAAAAAAAUAAUGAAAUUAUGUGUCAACUUGUUUUUUCUCUUAUUAAAUAAGAUAUUAAAAUUAACUAAAUAUUACUAAUUUUAAUAAAUAUUAAAUACAAAAGAUAAAAAAAUAUCUGUUUAUACUAGGAUUGUUGUUGUAAAUCUGUUUAUACUAGGAUUGUUGCGAAUGCCAGUUUAGCGAAAGCGAAAAAUAAAUUAAAUUUUUUCAAAAGCAAAAAGUUUAAUUCAAAUAAUUUUAACAGAAAAUUGACAAGUAUGAAUGUAUAGUCGGGCAUAGAAGACCAUAUGAUAACCUACAACAGUCAGUACGUUAGAAAUUUGGAUUAUUAAAGCAUUGAUUUGUUUUUUUUAACUUUAUUCCAGAAUAUUUUUACUUAUUUUUUAUAAAAAAAGAAAAAAGUAUGAAGGUAUAGUAGGUCAUAGAAGACCAUAUGAUACCUUACAACAGUCAGUAUGUUAGAAAUAUGGAUUAUUAAAAAAAAAAAACUUUGAUAUUUUUACUUAUUAAAAAAAAUUUCAAGUGCGCUCAUAGGGGAGUAGGGGUAAAUAUGGGUCUAUCAUUAUGAAUGUUGGUUACGUCUAUUUUUAAGUUAUUUAUAUUUAAUAUAUAUUUAUUUAUUUUAACAUAUUCAUUUAUAUUAUCAAAUUUCACUAAUAAACGCUAAUAACAUUUUAA